AUAAUUGUCACACACUCACACCUAGAUUCUCUCUCUCUAAAGUUUCGACUUGAUCAAUUUUUAUUGUUUCAACAACAAUGGGAAACGCUCUGAGAUUCCUCUACGGAAAUUGCUGCAAACCAACAACAUCUGGUGAUUCACAAUCACUUGGUCCACACGGUGUGCCCUCAUCAUCCGUUGGUGUUUCAGCUCUUGCACAUGAUCUCGUUCACUUUGAAAACACCUCGCAGGUUCCUGAAGGACUGAGCAAACAUGUUGUGUCUUCCAAAAAGACUCAAGCUAAUUGGUAUAGAAAGUUAGUAGAUGCUUGGAAAGAAGCAAAACCUCCUCCUAGAACUCCUGAAGAAGCAGCUAGACUUGUUAUUCUGACCUUGAAAAGACAUCAUAAAGUAGAUGUUGAGGGAUUGUUGAUUUUCUAUGGUCUUCCACUACCACAUACCCUAGUUGAAGUAGCUGUUCAACACCCUGCUACAUCUUUGCCUCAUGGAGUGCAAUUUGAAAUGCACACCUUGCCGGUUGAUGCAAAAGCAGUGGCAGAUGGUGAUACUAUAACAGUGUAUGUUAGCGUCGCAGACCCUAGGGAAUCAUCAUGUGUCCCUGGCAACGUGCAUGCAGCAGCUGCGCAUAGAUCAGAAGCCCGAGCUAGAAGGAACUAUGAAGAGGCAGAUGCAUUUCAUAAACAGAUUAUUGAUGCAGGAUACCGGAUGAUUCCUUUUGAAAACAACGAAAUCCUAGCAAAAAAGUAUCGGCUUCGACUAAGGGGAAUUGAUGCACCAGAAAGUAAAAUGCCAUAUGGACAAGAAGCUAAAAUGGAACUGACAAAGAUUGUUCAAGGAAAGUCUUUGAGGGUCCUUGUUUAUGGAGAAGAUCGGUAUCAUCGUAGUGUCGCUGAUAUCUAUUGUAAUAACAUUUUUGUACAGGAAUAUAUGCUAAAGAAGGGUUUAGCAUGGCACUACGCUGCCUAUGACAAACGACCAGAACUAGAAUCGUGGGAGAAACAAGCCAGAGGAAAGCGAGUUGGAUUAUGGGCUUCGAAAAAUCCGGAGAAACCAUGGGAAUGGAGAAAAGACAGAAGAGAAGCUCAUUAACAUUGCCUCAAAUCAAACCAGCAGAAGAAAUGUUUAAGUAAUUGCAGCAUUGAAAGAAAAUGCAAAUGCUUUCAGUAUCCUCAUUCUUCAAUAUGGUCAAUUGUUUAAAAAAAUAAGUACUUGAAGUUGUUAUUUUAUAGAGGGAAAUAAUGAAAAUAAUCAUAGGGUGUGAGGGUGCCUUGCAUUAUCUAUAAGUGAAAUAUUAUUUUUAUUGUUGAACAAAACACACUGAAGGAUCACAAAAAUUGUCUUGUACAAGUCUACAACAUUAAGGCUUUGAUUGGUUGAAAAGAAAGAGGAUUCUUAUUCAUGUACAAAACACACCAACAGAUACAGGUUUAUGAUUAACAUUUCUGUAUGUGAUCUAUCAUAGAAUAUAUAUCUUUAAGAUGAAAGCAAA